UAAAUAAUACUACGAUACGAUGUGUAUUGUUGUGAUUAGUGUUUGUUUAUUUACCUGCAAGUUCAGGAGCGCUAAGUGAAGUUUUCCUGGUGGUUAUAUGAAUGGCGGGCGCGGCGGCGGGCUGCACGGUGUAGCGUGCUGCGCCGGGCCCGCGGGCCCGCGCCGGCCGUGCCUGGCACCCGAGGACGCUAGGGCAGCACCCGAGCUGUCGAUGCUUCUGGUAUACAACACACACUUGGCUUUUAAUGUUCGGUUUUGCGACAACUCGAAAAUUAGAUAGUUGAAAAUGUGUAAAUGUUGAAAUAGCACAGUGAACUCCAUCUUGACAUUACCGCGAAAACGAUGUGUCGUUGUUGUGAGUGCCACAAAACUGAGAAGCUUUUUUGGCUAGUGUUUAUUCAUACAAUAAUUUCCAAAUUGAGUUAUUUAUUGUAAUGUAACAACACAACAAAAACUUCCAACUGACAAAACGCCUGACAAUGUUAAUUUUGCAAUUUCUUUCCAGAUCACGUAUAAAAAAUACCAAAAAGUCAGUGGUUCCUCUCCACAUGUAUCUAUAAUUCGGCUGUCAGGUUAUACCUGUCAGAAAUGUUAUUGUAAAUCAAUGAAUCACUACAAAUACACCAAUAAAUAACUUUUACUCAAUUCGAGGUAAUUAAAUGUUAUCGAUAUCGAAGAGAAAUCCCUGGUUGGCCCGAUGCGCGCCGCGGCAAACAGUCGCCGCCGAGUUCGCGGCCUGCGGGUCGCUCGACGAGCCUCAUUGUUACCAAGUCCUUGUGUACUGACUCAGCUCUUUUUAUCCAACCUAUGGUGCUUGUGAAAGAUAUAAAUACUGACAAUAGUGUAUCGAACUGAACUGGUGUAAAAGUUAUUAAGCAAGUGUGAAGUGUCGCGCAAAGUGAUCUCGGCGCGCGUUGCUAUGAUAAUGUAGCAGGCGCUUACGAUGUCCGCGCGCGGGGGCGCUCGCAGCAGUCGCGGUGUUUGAGGCGGUGUUGGCACGAUGAAUGGUAGAUCUGAUGCCUCCACCUCCACUGAUGAUGUUUUAAAGGGCCGACCGCUGUGCCUGUUCUACUUCUCGCAGCCUCUGGGCGUGGUGGCGGCCGAGCCGCCGCGCGCCGCGCCCUACCAGCCUUACCAGCCUUACCAGCCCUACCAGACCUACCAGCCCUACUCGCCCUCCCCGACCUUCCAAUACUCUCCUCCUGGGCAAAAUAAUAUGGCUCCUGCGUGGGACUCGCUCUGGACCCCAGCGUCACCGACACCGUCAGUUUACGUUUCUGGUUCCAGCGCUGAGCCGCGUCGCGAUACUCUAUCCUCUUCUCUCUUUUCAAAUGAGACCUGGUUCCCGUCAAGCGCGAGCUCUCGUGACUAUCCGCGCCGUAUGGUACCGUACCAUGCAUUGCUACCACCGCUACGUCUGCCAACGCCGCGCGCGCCGCCGCCGCCUGACGUUUGGCCGCUACGUGUAGUCCAACCUGAACGCUUUUCACUACCCCCUAUCGAGUUACCUGUGUGUGAGGCUGAGGAGAACCAAGAGAUAACUCCAGCCGUGGAAUCUCUAGAUCCUAUUGAGAAGUGGGACGUGGUAGAGGAAGCGCCGAGUCGGUUGUCCCGGCGGGCGACGCCGGCGCGGGUGUUACGGCGCGCGGUCGGCGGCGGCGUGCAGAAGCCGCGGCGGCGUGCACGCACCAGCGCUCUGCGGCGCAGCCUCACGCAUCUUAUCCAAAGGAGUAUCAAAGGUGAGUUGUAACAUUAAGGCAUACGCUGUGUGCAGC